AUGUUGCUGUUAUACAAGACUUUUUUAAUUACAACGUUAGUAUGUCAGUUAACUGUAGUGUUCGCGCACGAUCACCUACUCGAAGGUAUUUAUUGCGGUAAGGAAAAUUGUUACAAUGUGCUGGGAGUUACUAGAGAAGCGACUAAAAAUGAAAUCGCCAAGAGUUAUAGACAACUGGCGCGAAAAUAUCACCCAGAUAUGCAUAGAGGUGAAAAAGAGAAGAAAGAAGCCGCAGUAGACUUCAACCGUAUUGCCACCGCUUAUGAGAUACUCCGAGAUGACGAAGAGAGGUCCGAUUACGAUUAUAUGUUGGAUAAUCCUCAAGAAUAUUAUGCUCACUACUACAGGUAUUACAGACGACGUAUGGCACCCAAAGUCGACGUGCGAAUCGUUUUGGCAGUAACUAUCACGAUUAUCUCCCUCAUUCAGUACUAUAGUGCCUGGUCUAAGUAUGAUACAGCAAUAAAAUAUUUCAUGACAAUACCAAAGUACAGAAACCGAGCUUUAGAAAUAGCUAAAGUUGAAGCAAAAGAAUCUCAAGCCAAGAACAAAUCUGCCCGGAAAAGUAAAGCAGAAAUGAAAGAGGAACAAGACAGAAUAAUAAGGAGAGUUAUAGAAGAAAACAUGGACAUUAAAGGAGGCUAUGCUAAGCCAGAAAUUAAAGACAUACUUUGGGUACAAUUAAUAAUUUUGCCUUAUACAAUAGCAUAUUAUAUUUAUUGGUAUUUAAGAUGGAUUUGGAAAUUUACAAUAUUGAAACAACCUUACGGCACUGAAGAAAAGUUGCAUUUAAUAAGAAAAUAUAUGAAACUGGGUCAGUACCAGUUUAAUGCAUUAGAAGAAGAUGAAAAGCAGGAGUACUUAGACGAAGAGUUAUGGAUUAAAGAAAAUUUCCGAGUGUGGAAGGAAAUGAAAGACGAAGAAACUAAGAAAGCUUUAGCUGAAAACAAUAAAUAUAAACAGUAUAGGAGGUAUAUUAAAUCCCAUGGUGUUGGUCGAAUGACCUUUGAUGAUUCA